AUGGCGGCGAGAUCGAAAAUACCUGCAAGUCUUGUAGAUCAAUUUGUGAGUGUUACGGGCGCCACAAAAGCGAUUGCAAAGUCUUUGCUGGAAGCUUGUAAUGGAAACUUAGAAAUGGCAGUGGAAAUGCACUUAGAUUCUUGCGAGGAUCCCCAAUCGCAGGCCACAAGUUCGAAUUGUUCGGCACACGAGUCAACUGCAGCUGGAUUUCCUAGUCGGUAAGUUGUGUGUUAGAUUCUUUAUUUUUGAUUUAACGUGGUAAUUUAUCAUUUACUGGGCCUUAAUGAAUAUCCUCGGAUACCAAAUGUGCCUGAAAUAGGCAGAUGUGUUUAUAGAGAAAAAGUGAAAACGAUUGAUGCAAUUGACAAUGUCUCUAUCCUGUCUUGGUGUCUGAAUCGAUUUAUCAUUUUAAGCCUCUUGGCAAUUAAAUUACCAGAAACUGUAUUGAGCUAAGGUAGAUUGCUCACUUUAAUUUUUUAACCGUCUCCUAUCGCAAAAUUUGCUGUUAAAUUUUGUCCAUCCAAAUCCUGGAAAAAUUUAGUUUUUAAAUGAACGAUGUUCAUUUCACCAAAUAAGCUCAUAUUUUCAAAAUUUAAAUUUCAUUCAGUUUUGUUUGUUUCAAUUUUCAAGUGGUACUGAUGAUGGUGAUGUGAGAGCACCUAUUCCUCAGACUCGAGGCAUUCUAGUGGAACCUUAUCAAGGUGUGUUUUAUAUUUCUAGCUCUGGUUUACUUUUAACACAAAUAAGUGAAAGAUUAAAUCUUUUCUAAACAGGAAAUCAGGAAUUUAUGGCCUGUUAAUUUUAAUCAAUAAUAUUUUUAAUAUUGUGCUCAAUCAAGCAAAACAUUGCUGAUUCCCUUUGACGUUCAACACAAACCAACUCUCACUGCUGUGGAUGGAAAGCUUGACAUAUUCACACCUAACUUUUGCACAGUGGAAGAAUUUGAGCCAUCGUAGCCUUGACUGACAUACUUUUAAGAAAAUAAUAUAUCAGUAAAAUAAAUUAUAUAAAUUAGAACCAAUUGUCAAACAGGAAAAGUUCCUGGGGUACAAUCAGUUUCUUGAGAAUGUUGGAACACUUUGGAAUUCCUUCAGAAACUUCAGUUAUGAGCAGGUCCCCCACGAACAAUUCUGGCACUCUAAGGAUAAUUUGGCAGGUUUACUGUACUUAUAAAGAAAAAAAGGGUAAUUUUAAGCAGAAAUAAAUAAAUUAGUUUGAAAAUUCUAUGUUUUUAAUCAGGUCUUUUUUUAUUAACAAAAGAUAUGAGCAAAGUUUUUUUAUCAUCUACCAAGGAUUAUAUUUUUAUCGAAAGUUUCAUUUUUGCUAAAAUUUAGUGCGUAAGGAACUACGUUUGAAUGUUUUGACGACUGUUUUAUUUUCAGCAUAUCCAACAAGAAGACGUCAAGCAAAAUCAGUGUUUGAUGCUUUUCGAGAUUUCCAAGCAGAAGCAAGUAAGUGCAGGGAAAAGAUCAUAGACAGUGAGGUGGGGGCCCUGUGGAGAUGGGGCACCAGACACGUUCAUUAAAUCCAAGGAAAUGCUUCUUGAAAAGGCACAUACUUGUAGUUUCUUUUUGUAGAGUAUUUCAUUAUAUUUUGCAUAAAAGUCUUUGUUUUUCCCUGGUAUGUUGUCAACUUAGCAUAGGAGAUCAAAUUUAUAUUUGGAUUUUCUAAUAAACCAUAAUUAUUUAUAAUUAUUGUGUGAUCCUCUCCAGUUCUUUUUUUGGCAAUUCUCAACCAUGUCUCAGCAUCAAUCCAGCAGCUUAGAGACAUAACACUUUCUACAAGAUAUAAGCGGUACCAAGGAUGGCUGACAACUGUGCACUUCCACAAAAGCUCAAUAUUUGAGUUUACCAUACAAAUCCUUAAUGGUAUCCCUUACCCCUUGGCAAAAAAAUGUUUUAAGCUAUUCUUUAAUGCCCUUUCUGUGAAAAUUUCUGUUGAAAUAUUUUUCUUAAUACAAUAAUUUUUUGAGGAUUUUGUCUUUAAUCAUAUUUGAAAAACUUUCUUAAUUAGGACAACAAGAAGCUGCUAGCAACCCAUCUAUUUCCAGAGGAAAGAAAAAGACAUUGCAUGACUUAUUUCGACCGCCAAUUGACCUUCUUCAUAAAGGAACAUUUGACACUGUAAGUUCCCAGUUAAUUUGUAGUACACAAUUUUUCCUUUGUGAGCAAUUUUCAAUACUUUUAGAACCUUCUGAAAAGUAACAUUAACAAUAUUAAAAAGGAAGAUGAAGAUAAAGACGUAGGUUAGGAAGAGUUGGAUAGUGUUGCGGUCUCUAAAAAUCUUUCAAAGCAACUUUUUGCUACUUCUUUAUUGACCAUUUUUGGUCUUUUGAGUUUUGAGAAGCUAUUCACCUAAUCAAUCAGUGAAGGUAUUAUCAAAGUCAGAAAGGCAUUUUAUAGACCAAUCCAGUUGUACAACAUUUUGUCUUACUUUCUUAGGCUAAGAUUGAUGGUCAAGAACACAACAAAUGGCUUUUGGUAAACGUCCAAGAUGUGCAAGAGUUUCCAUGCCAACAAUUAAACAGAGAUGUGUGGAGCAAUGAAGCAGUUCGAAAUGUUAUCAAAGAGAAUUUUGUUCUCUGGCAGGUGGGAUACCUUUUCGUAGUGUCUUUUGGUGGAAGGUGUACAUAUUUGAAUUUUUCUUAAAAGUAUGAAUGUUUCACAUUAUAUAGGGGGUCUGUUGUCUCAGUAAAAUCUUUGAUUAAAAUGAUUUUUUUUUCUGGUCAGUGAACCUGAAAAACCCAUCACAAUUCCCAACAGCAGUUGUAAAGUAAAGAAUGCAUCCUUUUGAGUUUAUGGCAAGAGAUCAAAUUCCAUUCCACCGGGAGCUUAUUUCAUUUAUGGGUUGAUUAUUCCCUUGACUUCAUAGUUUUUUUUCUCCAGUUUUGGCAGUGUUUCUUCUUAUUUUAAGAUAACAAACCAAGCUUUUGAGCUCUAAUUCUCAAGCAAAUUAAUAACAAGUAUGAAUUUACAGUCAACCCAUGCCAAGCAUACCCUCCAAGAUUACAUUAAUGAAUUUAUUAUUCGAAAGUUGAAUCCGUUGGUAGUUGUAGAUUUCAGAAUCAUGUCUGCAUUCUUGCCUGCGUAAUGAGCCGUGAAUUCACACGCGAUUCAGUUACGAAAUUUCUACCAGCUAAGUUUCCCUGAAUUUAAGUAAAUGUCUUCUAUGAAAUUAAACCCAUUUAAAGAUUGUCAAUCUGACCAAAUACAGAGAAGUUCUCAUAAAAUAUUCACUGCUCAGUACGCAUGCAGGAGUGCCGAUUUGAAUUUAUUGCUAGUUACCGGAACGACUAACGGAUUCAUUUUUCAACUAAUCAAUUCACUAAUAGAAUCUUAGGGGGUAUGCUUGACCUGCCUUGACUGUAAUUAUUUCCCCUACACAGGAAAUUAAUGUUUAAUGCGUGUUUGGAAAUCAGAUGAAAAACUGCUCAUUUUUGCAUCCUUAAUUUUUCCUUAGCUGCUAAAAUCAUUUUGUUGGAGAAGUAAUAUCAAGUAUUCAAAACAGUGUUUCAUCACCAGAUGAAACUCCUCGAAGUUUGUCAAAAAUACCCUGCUGCAUGUCAUGUUUUCAUCUCUCUUCUCACAGAUAAAACACUGCAUCAAUAUGCUUGAUAUAUUACUUCUCACAUUAAUGAAAAUAGAUAUCUAUUUAUUGCAGGUGUACAGAGACAGCAAUGAAGGAGAGAGGUUUAUCCAGUUUUAUCAUGUGAAUUCAUAUCCAUAUUUAGCAGUACUUGACCCUAGAACAGGUAAAUAAACUUGAGUGAAUUUCCUUAAUUUUUUUAAUUUUCAAGUUCAAUGAUUGAAUGAGUGUGCGUGUGUGUAAUGAAGGAGUUUUGUACAGUCGGUCACUCAUAAAUUUCUGUGACAAUUGCAGCUAUGUUAAUUUAAUUCCUUAAAUUAUCUGUCAAGUCUCACUGCCUUCCUUGAAUGUUUAGCCUGCUGCUACUUGUUUCUCAAAUAUUUUUUUUAAUUCUUUUUUUUCAGGAGAGAAAAUGGUUGAAUGGGGUUUCAUGGAUGCUCAAGCGUUCUGUGACUGUGGUGGGUGCCUUAAAAACCUCAAAAAACUUUUAGUGUUUUUUCUUGGAAAUUUUAUAUCGUUUGCAGCAUCCUUGAAUGAAGUUUAGAACGUAUUAUUUUGAGUAACGUUUAUAGUGGCUUCAAUUUUUAUUUUGUAUUUCUGUGCCAGCUGCCGCAUUCCUCUUGGAACAUCCAUCACUUGAAGGAGAAACUCCGCCAGCAAAGAAAAGACGAAGUGUGAGUUGCUGUAGGAAUACUUUUCAUUGUUUAACUUUUCUAGGGGAGGGGACAUCAGAAGUGGUGUAAAAUUGUUACUGUUGUCGAAAUUGGCCAAACGUGGUUAUAGUUAGACUGGUUGGUUCGCUGUUAACACCCCUUUCAACAAAUUGUUCCCGAAAAAUGGGCAGAAAAUGAGUGAUUCAAAAUGGAAAGGUCAAGAAAAUUGGUCUGGUGACUAUUUGGUUAGGUUGACUUGUAUAUUGGCUGAAAGAGCUGUCAUUUCUUUUUUUUUAGGGGGAGAGAGGGGGAAGGGGUUUUGAUUGAUUGAACCGAACCCUAUCAAUUUUAUAGCAUUGUUCAAGUGAAGUAGUUGAGAGUCAACGAGAUUUUCAUUCUACACGUUAUCCGUGGUAUCUUCGACGCUAUUAUACAAGACGCGUAUUACAAGAAACGUUACACGAAACUGUUUGGCCAAGUUCGCACCGAAAGAAAAUAUGACCCUAACUUAUCAAAAUAGACGACUACCCGGAGAGAAGAAAUAUUACCAAAUUCCCCUUCAACUGUUUGCUAUGUUUUGUCUUCCCAGGAAUCAAUUCUAGAUGCUUCCGAAGAUUCACAGCUUCGUGCAGCAAUCGCGGCGUCGUUAGCUUGCACUACGUCUAAAAAAGAAACUGAGUCGAGCAGUGAUGAUGAUGAUGACGAUUAUGAAGAUCUGGAAUUUAGUGGAUCGGAUUCUGACUUAUCGCCGCAAAAGAAAGUCGCCAAAACAAGCGCGACCUCGAAUGUUAAAAAAGAAGUAAAAAGAGGAAUAAAUUUUGAUGAGGCUUCUGAGAAGGAAGCUAGUGACAAAGAAAUCAAAUCACCACAAACUGAACUUUUGAACAGUAAUACAAAGGAUGAAAUUAGUAAAGGAGAUUCCCCAAAGAUAAGUAACAACACGGCAGAAAGAAAUGAGGUACAAGUUAAUGAAGAUGAUUCUAAAAAGGAGGAUAAAUCUGAUUCAAACAACCAAAGAACGCAACAACAGGCUGGUGAGUAAAUUCUCUAUCCCUGAGCCAAUUUCACGUGUGGCAUUUAUUAUCGGAAAGUUUUGGAGCGCACAUUUUGUACUCGCUUCCUCAGCAGCCUCGUUAAAGGGAAAAGAAAACAGGCAGAAUCGCCUAAUAGCUGCGUCCCUCGAAAAAAGAAAGAAGAAUAGUCCCAUAACACAAUUCGACGCGGCACUGAAACAGACUCACUCGCAACCUUCAAAUAGCCGAUAAAACCCCCCUCUGUAAACGCGCAAUUACGUCUCCUUUCAGCGCGCGAAGUUCUUUUUCACUCUCAAAUGUUUAUCUAAAUGGUCCGCAACAUUUAGAAAUUUCUGAAAACGUCUUGCAUUGUAUAACGCACUGACCACGUGUCUAAUGCACAUCCACCGCAAAACUCGCUUUUAAAAAUCCGCUUUUAUACUCGCGCCAUAGAGUUCAGUGAUUUGACGCUGUAACGUGCGCACUUUGUUUCCUGGCAGGACCCAUGUGCAGUAUUAUGGUUCGAUUUCCUAAUGGAUCCCGGACUCAUAUCUCGCUGAGCGCCGAAGCGUCUUUAAAGGUAAAUACAGUCAGUAAGCUAGCGGCGGCCACAUCCCGUGCGCGCUUUCCAGAACUUUUACAGAACAUAGGAAAACUGAGCACCUCGUCCUCGGAAGGACUAAAAAUGUCUUUGGAUACAUAGCAAAAGUUUACAAAUAUUGGGGAACAAAUCUUUCGACUGCUAUAAAGGAAAAAUAUUAACAUCUCUUGUUGCGUUUGUCAUGUUGUUUAGGUACCCGGUCCAUCAUCUUCGAUCAAAAACGUUUGAAAAGAAAGAUUUUAUUUAGCUUUGACGAAAUCUUCCCGCCAAACAACAGAACACAGUACAACCCAUUUGCAAGGCCUUUUAAAUUUAGUUUUGUUUUGUUAUUUACAGUUAAGUUUCCUUUGUUUUUUCAUUCAUCUUCCAUCUGAGGCAUUCACUUCGCUCAUUUCUAAUUUAUUAUUGUUUUCUAGGAUCUUGUUUUAAUGGUACAAAAGGAAGGUUAUCCUAAUGAACGAUAUGAACUUGUCACGAACUUUCCAAGAAGAAAAUUAACUUCCUUGGACUUUGCGACGACCCUUAAGUCUGCGGGACUGUUCCCUCAAGAAACUGUCUUUGUUCAAGAGAGAUAACGAAACUGAAAGACAGGUUCUAACGUGAAUGCGAUAGACAACAUUAUCUAAGAUCACGCUCGACCUAUGUAUGGUGACGGCAGUCCGAAGUUGUACGAAUCCUGCCGAAGAUUUAACCAACGACACUCUCAAGCGCAACAAGUCGGAAAAUUUCUAUGGUAUUUUCGUCACAUUAAAAGUUUUGUUUCGUUAAG